UGUUGACAGAUCAAGAUUAUCAUCAACUACAGAACAAUCCAAACUUGCCUUUACAGUGUGUACAAAGUAAAGCUUCGAUUGGAGGAAUGUUUGCGAGAGAUCAGAAUGGAAAAUUAGCUCUCCUGUUUUAUGUUAAUAGAAUUUCGGCAGCAGGUUGGUGAAUUUUGAACAAUAUACAGUUACUCCUGAAUGGAGAACAAAAAGUUUUUCUUGUCUACUGUUUCUUUAUACCUGUCGACUUUGAUAUUUAUUUUCACACCAGCGAAACAAAUUUGACAUGUUGUCACCAACGAAAUGUAAUAACGACUGCCAUUGCAAUGUAACAAACAUUGAAAUAAUUUAUUCAGGCUGUUGGGGAUAUUAUUUGCAUCUUCAGGAAGGUUCAAAAAUCCAACAGGAAUACUUUAAUUUCCACAACGUUGACAAAGACUUUCAAAAAGUUGCUUAUCUUGAACUUUCCACUUCGUAUAACUUCACGGUGAUACCGCUACCCAAUGGUCCACCAAAACAUUUAGUUUUCACAUCACCAAGUUCAUGUGUGUUUGAUUUGAUCUAUGAAAUCACUGUUCAAGUGGGAAAGUCAAGUAUGUUUGAUAGAUGCGGUGUACCGGGAUUCGUAGAGAAGAGAGCAGUUGCUGAAAAAAUUUGUAAGGCGUAUCCUAGCAACAAACAGAAGCAAACUCAUGCUGUUAGACGCGAGUUACAAAAUACGAACUGUAUGUUGGAAUGGAAAAAUCUUUAACAAUUACAUGUUGGAAAAGUUGAAAGUUGAUCUUUCAAGUUAAAAAAACUGUACAUUGACAAUGGAAGUUGAUCUUUCAAAAGAGGAGAAUAGAACUGUCUGGCUACAGUGUAAUAUGAUCUUUUAAGAUGUGCAGUGAAAAUUUCUACUUAUUAAAUAUAAACUAUUUAUUGCGAUCCUUCUUAUACUGUGUAAACAAUUAUUUAACUCUUGAUGAGUAUAUAUACUUGAAAACUACUAAAGAGGAAUAAAAUCUGAAUAUUUAGUAAGUGUAUUUCUGUGUAAGUGUGAUCGGAUGAUUUACGAAAUUGGUAGCUUUAUUUUGAUUGAAAAAUUACGAAAUCUAAACGCGCGAGGUUUAUGUGAAAACAUCUUAU